AACCAGACACACAGAGAAAAGUGGCGAAGAUAUAGAGAGAAAGAUACAGAGAGUGACACUGUGGAAUCGCGAAUAGCCGAAUACAACAGUGAAAGCACGGCAAGGCGAGGAAGGGAGAAGGGUUUUUUUUCCCCCUUUCCAGUUUCCACCAUCGUUCUUUGCGGGUAUGUGAAUGGCUUUUGGAGCUUACAGAGGAGAAGGAUUCAGAGUGGGUUCGUGAUCGUGGUCUGCUCCGUACAAGGUUACAGAGAAGGAUUUCAGAGUGGUAAAUUGUUAAAAAGCGUUUUCAGUCAGUGGGGGGAGACUUGCAGUUGCUUCUUCUUCUUCUUCUCCUUUUUCCCCCCUUUCCCCUGUUUUUUCUUCUCUGCCCACUGUCCGAUUAAACAAGAAUUGUCUCUAAUGCUGUCUUUACUACGACUGCAUGAAAUCAGAAUCCCCGAUUUCUCCAUCACCACCACUCUCCGCCUUUUGGGUUAAUUAAUAGGGACGGCCAAAUCUUAGAUAAGCAGCAAACGAAAAAGCUUCCACUCUUCCCUCUCUCUCUGUAGGCAGAACUGUACUCUUCCCUCCCUUUUUCUGUUCAGUUUCUCUCCUUGUCUCGUUCAGCCCCGUUUUUGGUUAAUGUGCUGAAAUUUUGUAACCAAACUUCUUCUUUAGCGCUUUUGGGUUGUGGGGUUUUGUAGAAAUGUUUGAGAUUUUGUUGCUUUAACCCGAAAGGAGCAAUCUUUUCUAGUCUCUAGUCGUUUCCUCUGUUUCUUCUGCAACUUCCGAGUUCUGAGCAGAGAAUCGGUGGAGCAAAUGAAAGAGUUACUGGUGGAGAAGAGCUUGGAUCCACAGCUAUGGCACGCUUGUGCAGGUAGCAUGGUUCAAAUCCCACCUCUCAACUCGAAAAUCUUCUAUUUCCCACAAGGCCACGCGGAGCACUGCCAAUCCCCCGUCGAUUUCCCGUUUUCCUCCGCCCCUGCCUCCAAAAUCCCGGCCUCCAUCCUCUGCCGCGUCGCCGCCGUGAGGUUCCUCGCCGACCCGGAAACCGACGAGGUAUACACCAAGAUGAGCCUCGUCCCCCUCCCGCCAGACGAGGAGCUCGAUUUCGACGACGAAAUCGGCAGCGGAGUCCAGGAGAAGCCGGCUUCCUUCGCCAAGACCCUCACCCAAUCCGACGCCAACAACGGCGGCGGAUUCUCGGUUCCGCGUUACUGCGCCGAGACGAUUUUCCCCAGGCUGGAUUACACGGCGGAUCCUCCCGUCCAGACGGUGGUAGCUAAAGACGUCCACGGCGAGGUUUGGAAGUUCCGGCACAUCUACAGGGGAACUCCCAGGAGGCAUCUGCUGACUACUGGGUGGAGCACGUUUGUCAAUCAGAAGAAAUUGGUCGCCGGGGACUCAAUCGUGUUUCUCAGAGCGGAGAACGGCGAUCUCUGCGUCGGUAUCCGCCGCGCCAAGCGAGGGAUUGGCGGCGGCAGCGGGCCAGGAUGGUCCUCGUCUUCUUUCCCCCAAUCUGGUUGGGGCAUUAACGCAAACACUUGCGGGGCAACUGGGAUGGCGAACCCGUACAGCAAUUUUUCGGUGUUUCUGAAGGAGGAUGAGAGCAAGGCAGCGAGAAAUGGAAGCUGCGGUGGGAAGGGAUCGGCGGCGGCGACGAAAGUGAAAGCGGAGGAGGUUUUGGAGGCGGUGAGGUUGGCUGCAAGUGGGCGGCCGUUUGAUGUUUACUAUUACCCCAGAGCUAGUACUCCAGAGUUCUGUGUCAAGGCUUCUUCGGCUAGAGCUGCGAUGAGAAUCCAUUGGUGCCCUGGGAUGAGGUUUAAGAUGCCCUUUGAGACUGAAGAUUCUUCGAGGAUUAGUUGGUUCAUGGCUACUGUGGCUUCUGUUCAGGUUGCGGAUCCCAUUCGCUGGCCGAAUUCGCCAUGGCGCCUUCUCCAGGUGACAUGGGAUGAGCCCGAGCUGCUGCAAAACGUGAAACGAGUCAGCCCAUGGUUGGUUGAACCGGUUACAAACAUACCGAUGAUCCAGCCAUCAGCUUUCUCCUCCCCGCCAAGAAAGAAGUUUCGGUUCCCAUCAGGACCAUUCGACUUUCCACUUGAUGGCCAACUCCAGUUGCCGUCGUUCUCAGGCAACAACAACCCCCUUUCGUCCAGCAGCAGCCCAUUUUGUUAUUUGUCAGAUAACAGUGCACCUGCAGGCAUACAGGGAGCCAGGCAUGCUCAUAUCGGGGUAUCUUUAUCCGAUCUCCACCACAUCAACCACAACAAAUUCCAACACCACCCACCAACUGGGGCGCUAUUCCCGCCCAAUUUCCAGCAGUUCAAUCCACCACCACCACCAUCUCUACAUUGUUCCAGAAUCUCCGAGAGCAGCAAUGAGACGGUGUCUUGCUUGCUAACUAUUGGCAAUGGCAACUCCAGCUCUUCUUCAAGCCUAGAUAAACCUUCUUCUUCUCAAGAGAAGAAGAAGCAGUUCUUCCUCUUUGGUCAGCCGAUACUCACAGAACAACAAAUCUCCCACAAUCAUUCGAGCGAAUCCAUCUCGAGGAGUUCGUGCGACGAGAUGCAAAUCUCGUCGUUGGAGAAGCCCUCUACUGCUGGUGCAUGGAACCAGAGUUGUACUUCCAAUGGCGGGGCCCACAAUUGCAAGGUGUUCAUAGAAUCAGAAGAUGCAGGGCGGUCAAUCGACCUCACGGCCUUUGCUUCAUACGAGGAGCUAUAUACGAGUCUGGCACGCAUGUUUGGAAUGGAAAGAGCCGUGGUACUCAGUCACGUUCUCUAUCGGGAUACAACUGGUGCUGUCAAGCGAACCGGUGAUGAACCAUUCAGUGUGUUCUCGAGGACUGCAAGUAGAUUGACCAUACUGGUAAACCCUGCUGGGAAUGACAGUGCAUCCAGGACAUGGAUGACGCGGACUGCUGAAAGUGGACUGGAGGCUUCAAACAAGAGAGGGCCAUUGAGCAUAUUCGCUUAGAGGAAGAAGAAGAAGAAUUGAAUUGGAGCGUGUAGGAAGGAGCUGUUAUAAAUGUUAAUGAAUUGUUAAUGUUAUGUACCUAUGAAGCAAAGACGUUGACUGUGAUUUGCUGUGGUUGUGGAACAUGUUCUUCUCUUGCUGUCUUUCCGAUGCAGAAAACCUGCUGUAUUGUAACUACUGGAACUUGCUCU